CUCCACCAGCUCGUCGGAGAAGUCAAAGGGCGCCGUGUCGCUCAGGUCCCAGUCGCUCGGCUCUCUCCUGAAGGCGGACCGCACCUUGCUCAAGAAGUUCCCACCUGACAUCUUGAAUUAUUGCGGUGCAGACAUUGCAACAAAUCCAAAAUAGCUUAGCUGUUGUCUCUCCAGUGUUUGGACAACAAAACUUAACGGAUCACACCUGCAGUGACUGCUGAACAGGUUAUUAAAGAAGCAGUCUGGGUCAAAGGAGUAUAUGGAGGGAGAGGGGAUGGAAGAUGAAGGACCUUCGUCCCAGAGUGAACUUCCACAUAGUGAAGAUCUCCAGCCGGCAAAACAGGAAUCGCUGUGUCUGGAGAGUUCAGCCCCUGAAGAGAAUGUGAUUGUGGAUAAGAAAGCAGUGGACAAACUCACAGAGGGGUUACUCUCUCACUACCUACCCGAUCUACAGAACUCUAAACGAGCCCUGCAGGAGCUCACACAAAACCAGCUGGUAUUGUUAGACACACUGGAUCAAGAAGUCACCAAGUUCCGAGAAUGUAAUACCUUACUGGACCUUAAUUCACUGUUUACAGAGGCGAAGUUUUACCACAGUAAACUGGUGAACAUAAGGAAAGAGAUGAUUGUGCUCCAUGAAAAGACAACCAAACUAAAGAAAAGAGCUUUGAAGCUGCAGCAGCAGAAGCAGAAGGAGGCACUCGAGAAGGAGCAGCAACGUGAGAAGGAGCUCGAGAGAGAGAGGCAGCUUAUUGCCAAACCUGCUAAAAGAACGUAGAAACCCCCGAGUGUGUCUGCUCUGUUAAUGGCACAUACUGGUGGUUUUGCAUGUCUUAGCCUAUUUAUUACAUAUCAACUAUAUGUCACAUUACUGCUGACCAUUUUCCAAAGUGCUUUAUUAGACAGUAGAGAAUCAGGCAGGCAAAGUGAGGGCGGAUGAGAUGCAGCUGACCAGGAUCCAAACCACUGACGGUAUAAAGAAAGGACAGCAUAUACAUAACGUCACCCGUAGGUUUCUGAAGAGCUGCUUUGAAGCUCAAAAAGACGUGGAUCACCUCUGGUGGACCUGAGACAGGCCGAAUGACUCAAACAAUCAUAUUGUAGAUCGCUAGAGCCCCUGACACAUCCCAGCAUUUGUUUUUGCCAUCCAGGCGAGCAUCAUCAAUCCAUCACACUGAACGCUAACUCCUACUUUUAUUGUUGUCGAACAGGUUUGCUCUGAAUUAUUACACAAUAUCGCUCUAGACAAUAAAAGCAGGCAUUUUUACAGUGCUUUAUUGCCUGUAGGUUUUUACGUCUCAGCAGGUUUUUAAUAUACAGAAGUUUAUCACCUGUUAGCUAUUGAAAACGGUUUCUGGAAUCAAACGUGCUCUAAGAAAUGGGAUGAAAUUGUAAAAAUAAGACUGAUAACCUGUCCGUUUGUCUUGUUUCAACACUCUCCCAUCUUUAUAUCUACACUGCAGUAGGAAAUGAACAACAACAACAACAAGCUAGGAAGUUGAAUUUGAAAAUGUCUUUAUGAAGAGAAAUGUCCAGAAUUUAAGAAAAAAUCUGUUUAAAAAUGCUUUGGAAAAUGGGUCACUUAUUAAUAGACGGCAUUUGGGCUAAAACUUGCAAAAACUCUGGUAUGAUCCUUUUAUGUCCGACGUUGCCAAGAUGACCACAAACCAAAGACAUGAACUACAUCAUCAAAUGCUGGUACUUCCCACUAUCAUCCUCUGACGACACACACACAAACUGGAGAAACUUCCCCGGGAAUGGAAUAAAUAACUCAAAGACACUUCUGCAGCUGCCAGACAAUGACUAGAAGGAGAAUCAACGUGUCUGCUGUCUUUUGUUAAGAUAAAGUGUUAAUCUAUGUUGUUGCUCUGUUAGUGUUGAAUGUUAUAAAAAAUGUAUGUUGUUUAAAAUCAAAUAGGUCUGCACUAAACUAUUUCUGGGGUCUGUAUUUUAAGAGAAAUGUACCAGACUUUGUCCCCAUCAUACACAGACCUAUGAAGAGGCUUCUAUGCACUACUUAUGCCUGGAACUGUUUGUACAAUUAAUAAUAAAAGCAACACAAACUGGUUUAUAGUGAA